GGAGAAAGGGUCGGAGAGGAUCUGAGAGUGCAGGUGGAAGCCGCGAUUACCGCCAUGUCUUGUCAAGAACUCGAUCUUUCCGUUGAGGCGUCCAUUUUUUGUCUGGUACAUCACCCACUUGCCUACACAGAUCUCAAGCCAGACCUCAGCUCACCUCUACUCAGCCAGUCAGCCAGGCAUUUCUCAGCAACCUCCGUCGCCGAGCAGCCCCGUUACAGGCCAGCCAUGAAACGGACUCUGGUAGAAUAUGAGUCCGGGUCCGGAUCUGAGUCCGAGUCUGGAAGCCCAUCGGAGAAACCGGAAGCGAGUUCGGCAGAUAUUCCUCCACAGCUCAAGAGGCGCCAAACUGGUGACAUCGGUCCUCGGGCCCCACCCUCGGCUCCGGCUCCGACUCCGGCUGCCCCACUUGACCGAAGCUCUGGCACCCACACCAUACCGCCAAAACCGGCACCGAAGUCAACGUCAUCUCUCCCACCAAUCUCAGAUCGCUUAACUGAUUUAUACUCCUCUAACGCUCGAACUGCUGUCGCUGACGAUCCUUCCCUUCACCAAGGCCGUCAGCGCCAGGUCCCUCACAUUCCCGGAAACUGGCCGAGCCACGUAUACAUCGAUUGGGACCCCAGCUCAGGGGAACGUGAGCUCCUCUCAUCGCUUGUUGACAAGCUUCAAACCGAGGUGGCUUCUGCUGCUCAGUGUUACCCCGAUCUCGAGAAUGUUAAAAUCAACACAGCCUUGCGAGAUCCGGAGUUACCCGUGGACAGGCCAUUGCACAUCAGCCUGUCGGCCCCAAUUACACUGACCUCGAAGAACAAAGACGCUUUUCUUGACGAAUUGACCAGAUCGAUGAGGUCAAGUGGGGUGAGCCCUUUUGUGGUGGACUUUUCCGGAGGAGUCGAAUGGUAUCGAUCCGAGGAAAGCACCAGAUCGUUCUUGGUCCUGCGGGUGCGUGAGGUUCAGAACACUGGCACCACUGCAGAUUCGAGCCCCAACCCACGACUGACCACCCUUCUUCAACAAUGCAACAAGACCGUGAAAGAUUACGGUCAACCGCCACUCUAUGAUUCUCAGGAUAUGGGCUGCCGCUUCCACGUCACGAUAGCCUGGACCCACGCUCGUCCAAGUGAAUCGUUAAAGCAGCUGACGGAUUCGCUCCUCGACAACUGCAAAACCAUUUAUAGUGAAAACGUGUCGAUCAGGGACAAGCUUCGUACUGGCUCAAGUUUCCGCAUUAAUACGGUCAAAGUCAAGAUUGGAAAUUACGUCACCAGGUUUGAGCUACGUGAUAAGGGUCUCGGCUUACCAGUCAAGACUGCAUAG